AUGCCGUCCCAUGAAGGUGAUCGUGGUUGGGGCGGGAAUCUCUGGUAUUCUCGCCGCGCCCUCCGACGAAUUCUCAACCUAGAUCUUGUCGUAUAUGACAAAAAUCCCGAGGUCGGUGGGACUUGGUAUGAGAACCGAUACCCCGGUGUCGCCUGCGAUAUUCCUGCUCAUGUCUAUCAAGCUUCGUUCGAACCCAAUUCCAACUGGUCACAGUUCUAUGCCUCUGAAGCAGAGAUUCUUGAAUACUGGAAGGGUAUCGUUGCCAAGUACGACCUUCGCCGGUACAUGAAACUUGGCCAUAAAGUAGUAGAGGCCCGAUUCAAUGAGGCCGAGUCUAAGUGGUAUGUCAAGGCGGAGGAUUGCCGGACUGGAGAAGUCGUCCAGAACAUUUGCGAUCCGGAGGACAAGUGGUACGACAUCAUCCAAGUCAACCUCUCGGCCGCGUUCGUGCUGGCACAAGCAUUUGCCAGCGACAUUGUUAAACGUAGAGCCCAGGGGAAGAUAAUCAAUACGUCUUCCGUGGGAGGCUUCCUGGCUAGCAAGAACACCGUGGCGUACACGGCGGCUAGGCACGGAAUCAAUGCCCUGACCAAGUCGUUCUCGACCGAAUUUGCCGCACUCGGGAUCAAUGUCAACGCAGUCGCGCCAGGCUACACCAUUACUGAGAUGACAAGGAAGAACCUGGAGAAUAACGGCGAGGCUUUCUUGAAGCGUAUACCCAUUGGAUGA